AUGUGUACGGAUGUUUCUACACCAUUUGCUGUGCCAGUCAUUGACAGCGAUGACUGGACUGACUGGGUACAUGGAAGGGUCUUGUCAGCAGUUCAGGAACAACAGGCCACCAUACGAGGUAGCAUACGACUGAAAUCGCAGCCGAGUCCCCGCAACGUGGCGUUCUCCCCUGUGGACCCCAAGGCGCGCCUCCCAGGCCAGGACGCUAAUCGGAGACAAUAUGUCAUCUGGAAGCAACUCGAUGGUUUCCAGACGCUGGAGCACAUGUAUUCGUUCGUAUGUCUGCUCAGCUCGACUGCUGACCGAUUCCUGACGCGACGACUGGCUCACGGGACCGGUCACGUUGCCAGCCAAACCCGUUUGGCGUUAGCGCGCUGGCCGGGGGCCUUCAAAAGGCGGCCCGCUCGCAGUCCCCUCCGUGCAUCUGCUUCUUCUCUGCUUGCCCUUCUCUCUUCGCUGCACCCCAGAUCGUCCCUGGAAUUGCUCUUCAUGCCUUCUCUCAGAGACCUUGGCGGAGGCGCCAGCCCAUCCCCCGUCGCCGAGGCUGUGCCAAGACCUGACGAUAAUAAUGAUGAUGAUGGCGGCAACGUCACCAUCGAUACCAAACCCCAGGUCCGUUCCCCCCGAGGAGCCGGGGAUGGCGAGGAGGAUCCGGGUCAGAUCGCCCAUCUGCUGCCCUGCGGCCACAUCCUCCAUAACAAUUGCUUGAAACCCUGGGUGGAGCGGGCCAACAGCUGCCCCAUCUGCCGGCAGAGCUUCAAUGUGGUCGAGCUGAGUGACACUCCUGGAGGCCCCGUGAUCUCGUCCUAUGUCGUUCAGGAUAAGGUCCAGGUUCCGGACGUGGACCCGUCCAUGAUCGUCGAAGAGGUCACCGACGAUUCGGACUCGCAGCCGUGUGCUAUCUGCGGUAGCAAUGACAACGAGGAGGUUCUGCUCUUGUGUGACGGCUGUGAUGUGCCAUCGCACACAUACUGCCUUGGUCUGGAUGCAAUACCGUUUGAGGCAUGGUACUGUGACCAGUGCGAGGCUCAGCGGGCCAUUGGUGCCGUGUCUGACGCAUCCAGCAGACUGUCACGGAGGCGACCGGAGCGACGAACCCGGGCUCAGCAGCGGAGGCUUCGCAUCCACAACCAAGCCAACUCUCUCCAAUGGGCCCGGGUAUGGCAGUCGGUCUAUGAUAGCCUGAACCUCGACCUCGAUUUCCCGUUCGACGACGACCAGACGGUCGACCGUUUCCUGCAGCAGAAUCGGCGACAGGCUGCACAGCGACGGGACUUUCGAUCAUGGCAGCGCCGCUACCAGAUCGCCGAGCGACAAGGCGGAGGACACCGCUUCCGAGAGCCGGCGGAGAUCCUGGAUGAAUACGCACCACGGCCGUCGCGACCACGGGUUCCACGAGCUCCCACCCCGGAACCGGAAUCGUUAGAGGAGAUGAGAGCGUGGAACGCCUUUGAGCGCGCGCGAGAACUGGAGAACGAUCCCAGUGCGGCACGCAAGCGCAAGUCGCCCACGCUCUCUCCGUCUCCUGAGCCUGCCGAACCGGAGCGGAAGUUGAAACGGCCACGGACCAGGCGACCGGAGGAACUGGCGGCGAUGGCGCAGAAUGGUGAAACGUCGCGGUCGGCGGCACGUCUGAAUGCGGAGAACAAUUCUGGCGGGCCCAGCUUUCUGCAGUCUCUCCUGAAAGAGGUGGAAGAGGCGUAUGCGAAUCGGAAUAAUAACUCUGUGGGGCCCUCUGCUCAGUCGUGCAAUACACCUACUGAUUACCCUAACACGUCGGGGCCUUCCUCCCCUUCGUUGUCGCCUGCCUCGUCGAACCCUGCAUCACCACGGUUGUCCUCGACCAGCCCUCCCCCACACAUGAGGAGGCGACCCGUGUCACCAGUGCAAUUGGGGUCGUCAUCGGACGCGGUCUCACCGUCGUCCCCAUCGCCGGAUUUCUCACCGUCAGUCUCUCCAGUCCAGGAUCGAGAUGCUGAAACUCGACGUGCUCGUCCUGACGCGUCGCAUGUUCGAGGAUCUCGUCGCGCGGAGAAGUCUGCGGGGCCAUCAGCGAGGUCGAAUGACGGCUCUCCGUCACGGAAUGGUCUUCCUCUGUCGGUGAAGACAGAUGUGCAGAAAUUGGUGGGCGCGGAGCUCAAACCGUUCUACCGUCGCAAGGAGAUCUCCAAAGAGGAGUACACCGACAUCAACCGCACCAUCUCCCGCAAGCUGUAUGAGCGGGUGGGUGAGGUUGAGACGUUGGAAGGCGAGACACUGGCGCAGUUGAAGGAGGUCGCCAAGGAGGAAGUCCAGAAGGCGGUGGAAGCGUUACAAGAGAAAAAACGCAACGAGCAAUAA